UUCCAAUGUCAAAAUGAACACUCGUUUCUUCGCGCACAGCCUUCUCUAUUUUAUAGGUAAAAAUUUAUAUUGUUAAUUUUAUGAUUUUUAUUUAAACUUGUGGAAUGUUUAAUAGCGCACUUACAUCAUGGUUUGCCGAUAAAUUCAAUUAUCGACGAACCAACUUUAUAUACUUAGUUGUCGCUUAUGCUGAAUGGUGAAUAUGUAUGCUGUGCUGUUAUAAUCAACAAGUAUUGGGCGGCAACAGCAGCUCACUGCGUGAGAGCAGCUAAACAUCCUUGUAAGGAAAUUAGCCUACGCAGUGGAUCUUCUUUUUUAUAUCAAGGUGGUAUCAUCCAUAAUGUGGUCGAUGUUACUGUGCAUGAAAAUUAUAACGACUUAACAAAUGACUAUGAUAUUGCUGUUGUAAAAAUAACGCCUUCGUUCAGAUAUAAUGAUUUCACAAGGCCAGUUGUCUUGGCACAAAGUGAUGCUAAAGAUGUUUGUACGGCAUGGGGUAUGGUCUGCGGUUGGGGAUAUUAUAUGAAAUAUAACGAUUUCAUCAAUCCUAUUCUUGCGGAAAAACUGCAGUGCGUCCUAUUACCGUUAAUACAAAAAGAGCUAUGUUGCAAAGAUUACAAAUUCUUCUUCGAAAUAACAUCUCAAAUGACGUGUUAUGGAUUUCAGGAAGGUGCAUUUGACUCUUGUAAAGGUGAUUCCGGCUCAGCAUUAAUUAACAAAGACGGUGUUCUACUUGGUAUAACUUCAUGGGGAAAUGGUUGUGGCGAACCAUACUCACCCGGUGUAUACAUUGACGCCAUACUCCUCCGAAAUUGGAUUCGAGAUAAAACCGGAAGACUUGACACCGUGGAUCCCACCGCUGCCACCAAAUUUUGUUGUGCUCUUGGUGGUGCCGAGCACAAUGGGUAGUUUUGGGCUCCAGUGCUAGCGUGCAAACAGUACAGGGUGGUCGGGGAGAAUAAAUAGUCG